AUGGCGGACCUAGGAAAGUUUUCGUUAGUUAAACUCAACAACACGAACUACGCUACAUGUAAAUUUCAAAUGGAAAUGUUUCUUGUGCGAGAGGACCUUUGGCAUGUCGUUGCACAACCAAAACCGAAACCGGAGACAUCGGUAUGGCAAAAAGCUGAUAGAAAAGCUCGCGCUACGAUCGACUUGUGUCUUGAGCAGACUCAGUACACCAUAAUAAAAGAUUGUGCUAGUGCUGUUGCGGUAUGGAAUGCUUUGAAAGCAUACCAUGAGAAGUCGUCGACAACUUCACAGUUGUCACUAUUGAACCGGCUGUGUGACACCAAGCUUCCGGAGGGCGGUGACGUCAAAAAACACUUGCUUGAGAUGGACUCAGUGUUUGAGCGGCUUCAGAAUUGCGGACUGAAUCUGGAUGAAAAAUUAAAAAUUGCGAUGAUGUUGCGCAGUAUGCCCGAUUCGUACCAUAGUUUUGCAUCGGCGUUAGAGGCACGACCCGAUGAAGAAAUAAAGUUGGAAUUUGUCCGGUCAAAGCUGGUGGAUCAGUAUCAGAAGCGAUUGCAAAGAGAAGGGAAACAAGUUGUUGGCGAACAGGUACUGAAAACGCAAAAGGUAAACAGAGACAUUGUUUGCUUCUUUUGCAAGAAGCCCGGUCAUUUCAAGAAUUGUCGGAAGUGGCAAGCAACAAAAGAUAAGCAACCGGUACCAGGGCCUUCUGGAAACAACGCAGGCAGCUCGGGUCGGAGCAAUAAUCAGCCAGUGAAAGCGAAACAAGCUAACUCGAACACGGAAGCCGUGAGUUUUUUCGCGCAGGAGGAGACUCAUGUUAUUCGUUCGGCAGUGAAGCAAAAUCAUUUCUGGACGGUGGAUAGUGGUGCUUCGUGCCACAUGACAAGCUGCGACAGUUUUUUCGAAACCCUGGACGAUUCGUCGAGUGUGCAGGUUAUGUUGGCGAACGGGAAGUGUACUAAAUCCGGUGGGCAUGGCGCUGGUACCGUGUCAGGUUUCAAUGGUUCGGGAAAGCAGGUGAAUAUCCGUCUCGAUAAUGUCCUGUACGUACCGGAACUCGAUAGUGGACUCCUGUCGAUCGAUAUCGACUUUCAAAAACUGUUCCCAAAUGCAGUAAGUGGACGAAAUAAGUUUGAAAAUCUGAUUCCACAACUUACAGAAUUCAUCACCAAGAAAGCCGAAAGUCCCUCUGCUGCCACCCCGCUUGAGACGUUAUCGGCAGUAGGCGCAAGCACAGAUACGAAAGCUUGCACUCUACUACAAGCACUUAACACUGUGUUGCCUCCGAUUUGCGCUGCUUCGCGGUUCAAACCAACAAUUCUAGCUGGCCAAGAGGACGUUUUGAUUUUUGCCUCCACCAGAGAUGACGCCAUAACUAAAGUAAGGACCGUAUAUUCGAAUUACAAAGAACGAAACAUUCCCAACGUGCCUAAGAUAGUUGUUAUUGGCGAAAACUUGCAGUGUUUGCGAGAGCAUUUUUUCGUAAUAUACGGUGAGAUAAUUUACGAACUAAAGUCUGCUUUACGAGCAGUUUAUGUACUAAUUAAGAUAACAGCGGUAUUUGGACUGCCUUAUUCGAAAAUUAGUAAGCUCGUUUGGCACUUCACGGGCGGCAACAUGCAUGGAAUCGAAAAAGAAGGAUCAUAUGCUUGCAUAAACAAACUGAAAAAUUACCUGAACAUGAAAAACGCUCAAUAAUGAUAAGCUGUAUGAUACAACAAGGCAAAUGCAUUUUUGCAACGCCAGAUGAAUACUUGAAUCAUCUUAAGAAUACACACGAAGUUCCAGCCGUAUACAAAUAUCGAUGUACGAUACCCGGAUGUAACCUACUAUUUUCGAAGCUAUAUUCGUUUAGCAAACCCAGGAUUUCCCACUAUCGAUCCCAACACUGCUAGUGCACCAACACCAAGCUCAGCUGAACUUAACAAACAACCGAGCUAAGUAGAUACACAUCUUGACGAUCCAGUACCUGGUCCUUCCUUGACAGAACGUAGUUGCUCUCCAGCAAAAAUUAUCAGGAUUGACGACAGCGAUGUGCUGAUGCACAAAAAUAAUAAUUCACGAGAAAAGAUGUAUUCCAAAUACAAACUGAG